AUGAAGGAGGUGCGCGUUGUCAUUAUGGGAGGCGGUGGCGUCGGCAAAUCCGCCCUCACCGUCCAGUUCGUGCGCAAUGUAUUUGUCAGCACCUACGACCCCACCAUAGAAGACACCUAUCGCAAGCUCCUUGUGAUCGACGCGCAACAAUGCAUGGUCGAGAUCCUCGACACUGCCGGCACAGAACAAUUUCUCGCGCUCAAAGAACUCUACAUCAAGUCGGGACAAGGCUUCAUUCUCGCCUUUUCGCUCACCUCCUUAGCCAGUGUCAACGAGCUCGGUCCGCUUCGAGAGGCAAUCGUACGGAUCAAGGACACGACCACGAUACCACUCGUGUUGGUGGGCAAUAAGUCGGAUCUCAAGGCGGAUCGGCAGGUGCCGAGGGAGGUUGGGACGAGCCUGAGCAAGGCUUGGGGCAAUGUGCCCUAUUAUGAAGCGAGUGCUAGAAAGAGGGUGAAUGUGGACGAGAUCUUUGCAGAUGUGGUGCGGCAGAUCAGGGCGUUCGAGGCGAUCAAUGGCGGAUCAGCAAAUGGGAGAGGGAAACGGCAAGGGUCAUUAUCGCAUGGCUUUGGGUUUGGCAGCGGAAAGGAGGAGCAGGUGUCCGGAAGCGGGAGUAGCUUCGGAAGCAAGUCGAAAGAUCGCAAGAAGUGCGUCAUCAUGUGA